UCCAAAAGCUCUUCUUAUCCAUCUUCAAAACCAUAUUGCAGUAUGCUCACUUCUGCAAUCAUCGAUCUCUCUUUCUCUGUCUCUGUCUCUGUCUGUCUCCCUUAAGGUUUGCUUUUUCUACUGUUUAAUUAAUCUAGUGAGGGAAUUGAACAUGGGCAGAGCUCCAUGUUGUGACAAAGCCAACGUGAAAAAAGGGCCUUGGUCCCCUGAAGAAGAUGCCACUCUAAAGGACUACCUCGAGAAACAUGGCACUGGUGGAAAUUGGAUUGCUUUGCCUCACAAAGCAGGCCUUAAACGCUGUGGUAAGAGCUGCCGGCUCAGAUGGCUGAAUUAUCUCAGGCCAGACAUCAGGCGUGGAAGCUUUACUGAGGAGGAAGACAAAAUUAUCUGCACUCUCUAUGGUAGCAUUGGAAGUAGGUGGUCUGUUAUGGCUUCCCAACUGCCGGGUAGAACAGACAAUGAUAUUAAGAACUACUGGAACACCAAGUUGAAGAAAAAGGUAUUAUUGGCAGGAAAUACUAAUUGUGAUCCAAAGAGUACUGACAAUAACAAUGAGAAUACUAACAAUAUCAGUCAUCUCAACCUGGCACAGUUUUGGGCUUCAAUUAAUCCUGCUGCUGAAACCUAUGAUUAUGGGAACUCAGCAUGUUUUGAUACAAAUUCCCAGAUAUUCCCAUAUCCAGCAGACGACAACAUGAUGCAAAAUGGUGAUUUCCAUGGUCUUGUUUCGGAUCAAAGUCAUGAUCAUCAUGAGCUCAUUUCAAGGCAUAUGCAAGUUUCAGAUUUUCACAGUACAAGUCAUGAGAAUUACAGCACUAGUACUACAACAUCAUCUCGGGAUCACCUGUCUGGAACUCUUUCAACUUCAUCUACGUUGGCUUUGGAGACAUGGUCCGGCAUUAAUAAUGGAGGUGGAAUACUCAAACAGGACGGAGUUAGUCUGGAUUUUGAGUUUGAGUCCCAUAUAAAUGAUGAUGAUGAAUUUCUCAAUGGUUUUGGAUUUCAGGAAAAUACUAGAGAACAUGAGAUUGCUCCAUACUUGGGCAACUCUCCCUAGAUUAUUACCUUGCCGGCUAGCUAAUAGUACUACUUUAUUCUGGACAUUAACCUAUCAAAAUGUACCAAACCGACCACAAUUUGAAAAUUGAGAAAAAUAAGAUAGGCAAGUAGCUUUUAGAUGCUGUUUUAGGGUGCUGUUUUGUCCAGAUGUUCGAUCGAUGUAUGUAGGAAAUU